GUUUGCGCAGGUGAAUCGACAGGACAGGCGUGGUUUCUUACCUCGUAUCAUCGUCCCUCGCAGCCCACUAUUGCAACACUCAACGUCGCCGGUCCCUCUCACUCAUCGCCCCGCUACCGUCAUCGGAUCCGGACGCCUCUCGCGUGCAGCAAUUUGCACGUUGUUUGAAACGUGGAGGCAGGCAGUCCAUUGGUCCCUUUGACGCUGAAAGGUACAGAAAAUGCCGACUUGAGAUGGUCGACUGAUCGAUCCUAAGUACCAAUGCUUGGACAUCUGAAAGCCACGAUGUCGCCAAAACGAUCUGUUUCACACACCACCCUUCCCUUGCGACGAUCCAAAAGACUCAAACGCACCGAAUCGACUGCGGAUUCAAUGCCAGCGGUCCUCCAAGAGUUUCGCAGCGAAGGCUCCCCACAGAAAGCCAAAAAGUCGGCAGAGUUCUUCAAGACUGGCCUGGGACAGUAUGGGGAAGGGGACAGAUUCCUAGGGAUCAAUGUUCCCACUUCCAGGACAUAUGCCACGCGAAUGAAGCAGUUUUCUCUGCCGCUGAUCCGGGAGCAUCUUCUACAAUCGAAGUACCACGAGGAACGGCUUCUUGGAUGGCUCGCUGUGACCGAGCAAUUCAAAGAAGCGCGGAAAAACAAGGAUGAAGGCCAGAUGGGUCGCAUCAACGACCUUUACAUGGCGAACACCGCCUCGGUCAACAAUUGGGACAUCGUGGACACCACAGCGGACAAGAUUCUUGGCGUCUAUCUCCACGACCACACGGCGCAGCUGGCCGGCGCGGACGGAUUCUUCGCGACACUAUCACGCCUUGCUGUCUCUCCCGUUGUGUGGGAGCGCCGCAUCGCCAUCAUGGCUACCUUUCACUUUAUCAGGAUGGGGCUCAUAGCUGAGACUUUGAGGCUCGCAGAGAUGUUGCUUUCGGACGGACACGAUCUCAUACAUAAAGCGGUGGGGUGGAUGCUGCGUGAGGCGCACAAGAGGGAACCGCAGGCCGUGGAGGACUUUCUUGAAGUGCAUGCCAGGGAUAUGCCACGGACUAUGCUCCGUUACAGCGUCGAGAAGUUUGCGGCUGACCGGCGCAAGUUUCUUAUGGAGUUGAGAUGAAUGGGCAUCGUCUGAUAACAGAGUUGCAUUUUCUUCAAGCUUUAACACACUUGAUCAAGCGGUCU